AUGGCAAGGCUAAAAAGAAUAGAUUUUCGAACACCUUUCAAGUCAUUAGAAUUUCUUCAUUUUGAGGAUUUGAAAGAAUGGGAGCAUUGGGAUUGUUGGAGAGGAAAUGAAAUUUUCCCUAAGUUGCAUGUGCUUUCUAUUAAAAAAUGUCCCCAACUUAUUGGAAAAAUACCUGAUCGUCUUUCUUCAUUAGAAAGAUUUGUCAUUAACUAUUGUCCAAAGUUGGCAGUCUCAUUCUCAAAUUAUCCAGUACAUUGCAAAUUAGAAAUUGAUGAUUGUGAAGGAACAGUCUGUAAUGAUGGUUCGAAUGAUUUUAAGUUGUUGGAUUCUAAACAUCUUGCAAAUAUUCUGGAGGUUAAAGAUAAAUUAAAGAAAGGUUCUCAAAGAGUAGAUCUUUUGGAGAUUGUUCAUGAUGAAGAGAUUAUGGAAUCAUGGCGAAAUUUGGAAAACACAAAUUUUCUUUCCAAUAUAAAUUCUCUUCAGAUUAUUAAGUGCCAGAAUCUAAGAUCUAUUGGAAGGGGCAUGCUACCUUUUUCUAUAAAAUCGCUGCAAAUUUACAGUUGUGAAGAGCUAGAAUUUUUGGAGGAUUUAAGUGUUUCUCUUCUUGAACACUUAUGGAUUUUUAGGUGUAAAUCUCUCAAGUGCAUAUCAUUAGAUGGUCCAUUGCCUGAGACACUCAACCAACUAGAUGUUGGUGGUUGCAAUGCGCUGGAAACAUUAUCAUCUAGUAGAAAUGAGUACCUCCCUAAGGCACUUACAUCCGUCUGUAUUUAUUAUUGUACAGAGCUAAAGUCAAUUGCUGAGUCCUUUGAUAAUAGCCCGUGUCUUAGACAAGUAAGUUUAAUUUAUUGUAAAAAUCUUGAAUCCUUACCUUUAGGUCUACAGCAUCUUCCUUGCCUUGAGUACAUUGGAAUAACAGAUUGUCCAAAAUUGUCGGUGAGAGAAGGUGUUCCCACCAGCCUUAGACAACUCUUAAUUAAUGAAUGUGAAGAUGACAAGGGAAUGGGAAUGGGAAUGAGAAUGCUCACCUCUCCAAAAAAGUUGCAAAUUGAAGAACUCCCACAGCUUAAAUCCAUCUCAGACCUGACCAACCUCACCGCUCUUGAAAGGUUGGAUAUCAUUUCACUCCCACUGCUUGAAUCCAUCUCAGACCUGAACAACCUCAACUCUCUAAAAGAGUUAGAAAUAUCAUCCCUCCCACAGCUUAAAUCCAUCUCAGACCUCACCAACCUCACCUCUCUAGAAGGGUUGUGCAUCAAAAGCCUUCCACAGCUUGAACUAAUUCCAGAUCUCAGCGGCCUCACCUCUCUUACGGAGUUGUACAUUGAGGAAUGCCAAAAGCUCAAAUCAAUUCCAAGUCUCAGCGGCCUCACCUCUCUUGAAGAGUUGCUGAUCCAUGAUCUCCCACAGCUUGAAUCAUUUCCAAGUUUCAGCGGCCUCACCCCUCUUCAACGGUUGAGGAUCCAUGAUCUCCCACAGCUUGAAUCAAUCCAAGAUCUGAGCAACCUCACCUCUCUUAUAGAUUUCACAAUUUCCAAUUGCCCAAGGAUCAAAUUAAUUCCAAGUCUGGGCAACCUCACCUCUCUUACAUUUUUCACAAUUUCCAAUUGCCCAAGAAUCAAAUUAAUUCCAAGUCUGAGCAGCCACACCUCUCAAGAACGAUUGUGGAUUGUGGAUUGCCCAAACCUCAGAUCCAUUCCCGAUCUUGGCAACUUCAAAGAUUUAUCAGUUGAGAAAUGCCCAAAACUCAAAUCCCUGCAAACCCUGCCAUCCUCACUUCAGUCUGUACGUAUUACAGAUUGUCCACUGCUUAUAAAACGAUGGAAAAAUAUUAGGGGAAAAUAUUCCUCAAAGAUUGCUCAAAUUCCUGAAGUUGUAAUAGAUGGCAAAUUCAUCUACAAUUCAAAGGAGUACUAAGUUGAUGAUAGGAGAUUCUUUCUGGUAUUUUCCUAAUGGCACAGAUACAUCUAAUUCCAUCAAAGGUGAUGGUCAAUAAGAAUCUCUCAAUUAUAGUUUGUCCAGGACUGCUAUGCUUAGAUUCAAUGUUGUAGAAAUCAUCGGAAAGGCUUAAAAUUUUCAUUCUCUAACUUCAUGUAAGCAUAUUAAACAUUGUGUUUAUAUAUCUAACAUUGUAAAAUUACACAUUUUCUACCUCACUCUUGGAUUUAUAU